AUGGAGCAAGUAAAAAAUCACUAGGAACAUAGUCUAUUAGGUAGGAAGCCUUUAGAAUACUAUCAAAAUAAAAUCAUGAAAGAAAAAAAAGGUGAUAUUUGGUGUAAAGAUUAAAGAAUCAACUAUCCUGUUGGCGACGAGCUUCAAUUUGAUGAUUUUUUUAAGAUUACCAACAAAAAUUAUAGGAUUUUUAAGUUCACUGUCGGUAAGAGAGUAGAAAACAGUUAUAUAUGUGGAUUGCAGUUCCACUACCAAAAUAUCCAAAACCCUGAUGAAGUAGUAUAAGGUUUUGCUUUUGGACCAAAUGACUUAUUCACUAAUAAUAAGUAUUAAACAAAAUCUUUUACCCUUUAAGAUGAUGAAUUCAUUGUAGAAAUGAAAGGUAGAAAAGGUAUGAUUAUAGACUGCUUUGGUGUUGUGACAAAUAAAGGAAAUGAGUAUAGCUUUGGAGGUACCGGUGGAGGAGAAUACUCUUAAAAGGCUCCUAAAGGUUACCACUUUACUUGCAUGGGAGGCUACUUUUCACCAGGCUGGGAUUCUAUUAGUAGCUUUACCAUGGAAGUUAGAGAGUUGCCAUUUGAUGAUGGAGAGAAUUAGCGUAGACUUCAUUCCUAUUCUCUUAAAUCUUACAAGCCAGCUUUUAGAAAAUUAGUUGAUUUUCUUACUACAUCUGAGGUAACAAAAUUGUUUAGACUAAAUAAAGAUUUUGCCAGGUUCCGUCAUGACGAUUAUGUCUUAACUAAAAUUGGCUGUAGAUGCAUCUACUCUGGAGUCCCAAAAUCAAUUAAAUACAUCAAAAAAAUGAUUAAAUAUUGUCCAUAAGAUGAAGUAGCAAAUGUAUAUGAAAAGAUUAUGAACUAUUUCAAUUUAAUUUAAAAUUUUGUCUCUAAUCCUGAUGGCAGAAGUGAAUAUGAAGGAUUCUAAAAGGUAUAGAAUGGAGGAGAUGGAAUUACAAUUUAAAAAUCAGAAAAAGACUGUAAUUUUAUAACAAGUUAUGGAUGGUGCACACUUAAAUGGUCUAAGAGCCUUAAAGAAAUCUUCUCAGACAAAUCAAAAUAUAACUUAGAACUUCUUAUAGGAAAAAUUCAAUCAGGAAAUUAUGCAAUUGUAGCAGGAGCAUAAAUUUGUGAAACAGGAUUUGGAGGAGAAGCAAGUUUAAAGAUAGAAAUUUUAGGAGAAGAUGAAAAUGUUCUUUUCUAAUUUAAAAGAGAUAUUAAAGAUUUGACAAGAGAAUAUAAAUUUUACAAUCUAAAAUACAUCCACUCUUGGCCAGAUAAAGUACCUCACAAGAUUAACUUCUACAUUUCUGGUAAAGAUACAUGCUUCUGGGCUGGGCACUAUGGCGCUAAAUUUAAAUCAAUCACUGUCAAAAUUAUUCCUAUAGAGGAUGAAUAAGAAAAAGUUCUUUUUGAAAAAUAUAUUAAUUGA